AUGAAAUUCCAUGCACUGAUGAGAGAGUUUUGUGUUGGAAAACCCAUCUUAAGCAAAUGGAGAAACCAAUGCAGAAGAACAAAUUACAACACAUAUUUGUGGUUUCUUCUUAUAUUUUCCAUUGUUGUAUUAAUCCUUCUUCAUCACCUGUUCUUUUCAAUGGAUGCUCCAACUUCAUCACACCACCACUCCAAUAAGAAGAUUCAUAGUUUAGUUGGUGAAAGUUCAAGUCAAGAUUCAUGCUUGGGUCGAUAUAUUUAUAUCUAUGAUCUUUCCAAGCGAUUCAAUCAAGAUUUGCUCAUCAACAGUCAGAUUUUUACAAGGCCUACUGAUAAAACCAGUAUGUGUGUAUAUGUACAAAAUUAUGGUUUUGGUCUUCAGAUUCAAAACUCCGACACUUCGGAUAUAUGGAACAACAAUUGGUUUUCGACGAAUCAAUUCAUGUUAGAAGUUAUUUUCCAUAAUAGGAUGAAGAAAUACAAGUGUUUAACUAAUGAUUCAAUCGUUGCUUUUGCUAUUUUCGUCACGUAUUAUGUUGGUUUGGAUCUUUCUCACUAUAUAUGGGGAUUCAAUACUUCUAUGAGAGAUUACUCGGGUUUCAAUUUGAUUAAUUGGCUUAAAAAAAAAACCUAAUGGAAAUCCAUGUCGUGUAAAGAUCAUUUCUUGGUUUUCGGUAGGAUUGCUCGUGAUUUCAGGAGAAAAUCUGACAGGAAAUCUGAAUGGGGAAGCAACUUCAGAUUCUUACCAGACUGUAAGAACAUGUCAAUGUUAACAAUCGAAUCAAGUCCAUGGGAAAAUGACAUAGUUGUUCCACACUCGACUAGCUUCCACCCUUCAAGAGGUGAUCAAAUGAAGCAUCUUGUGGUUAAACCUGACUCUAAGAGAGUGAGUCUCAUUGUUCGUGGGAGACAAGAACGGCAUGGUUAUGAUAAUCGUGGAAGGACACAGGAACAAAAUCCUCGUGGUAAAUCUAAGGCUGUCACUUCCUCUUCCCUGUCAGAUGAUGAUAUUACUCAAAUUUGA